CUAGAAAGCAGACAGGAGGAAAGAGCGCGUAGCCGGCGCGUACACCCAGCCGCCUUGGUAGACUGGACGUUGCUUUGAUUAGGGCAACUCUUUUCCUUUCACAAGUCAGAGGCUCUCUUAGUUUUAUCACCACCAUCUUCAGCCCAUUUACAUUCUCCGUUUGACUGCUUCUCUUAUUUAUCAGUUUUCACUGGCUCCCUGACGAACAGAGAAACAAAAGUGCUCGAUGGCGCUUCGUUUCGAGAUUCUAGGGAGAUUCAAUCGUGCUCGUGCAGCUCAACUAACACUCCCUCACUUUGGGUCCCAGACGCCCCUGUUUAUGCCUGUGGGUACACAAGGGACUAUCAAAGGGUUGACAACUAACCAGCUUGAGGAGAUUGGUUGCCAAAUAAUACUAGGAAAUACAUAUCAUUUGGCGCUUCGUCCUACUUCUGAGCUUAUUGACGAAUUGGGGGGUCUUCACAAAUUUAUGAACUGGCCUAGAGCAUUGCUAACAGAUUCCGGUGGCUUUCAAAUGGUAUCAUUAUUGCAUUUAGCCGACAUCACUGAAAAGGGAGUUACGUUUCAGUCACCAGUUGAUGGAAAGCCCAUGCUCCUAACACCUGAGGAAUCAAUUCAAAUCCAAAACAGAAUUGGAGCAGAUAUUAUCAUGGCUCUUGAUGAUGUAGUAAAAACAACCAUUACUGGUCCACGUAUAGAGGAAGCCAUGUACCGCACUCUUAGAUGGAUAGACAGAUGUAUAGCAGCUCACAAGAGACCACAUGAGCAGAAUUUAUUUGGUAUUGUACAAGGUGGAUUAGACCCUGUUCUAAGGGAUAUUUGUGUUAGAGGCUUGGUCGAUCGUAAGUUACCCGGGUACGCUAUUGGUGGUCUUGCAGGCGGUGAAAGUAAAGAUUCAUUUUGGCGUGUUGUUGCUCAGUGCACUGCUGCAUUGCCUGAGGAUAAACCACGAUAUGUUAUGGGUGUUGGUUAUCCACUGGAUAUUGUGGUUUGCAGUGCUUUAGGUGCUGACAUGUAUGACUGUGUUUAUCCUACUCGUACUGCUCGCUUUGGCACAGCUCUUGUACCUGAGGGAGUGCUGAAGCUAAAACACCAAGUGAUGGCUGAUGAUACUCGCCCCAUUGAUCCUACAUGUGCUUGUAUGGUCUGUAAGAACUAUAGUAGAGCCUACAUCCAUUGUCUUGUAACAAAAGAUGCCAUGGGAUCUCAGCUUUUAUCAUAUCACAAUCUGUACUACAUGAUGAAGCUUAGCCGAGAUCUACAUAUGUCAAUAAUCAAGGGAAGGUUUCCAGAGUUUGUAUGCGAGUUUCUGCAGAAAAUGUUUCCUAAAGGCAAUGUCCCCGAAUGGGUAUGCAAUGCCAUGGAGGUUGCUGGAAUUGAUAUCUCUUCCUGCUGCGCCUUGUUCUCUUCAUCUCAAGAAUUGGGUUUAGAAGAAAUCUGACUCAUAGGUCAUAACACGUGCAGCAUAAAUUUUGUAGCCCAUUGAUAUGCUGUUUCAUUAGUUGAUUCGCCAUAGAGGACUUCAUUUUCUUCUUCUUUUUCUUGGUACUUCAUUUUCUAAGUACAUUGCAAGAUAAAAUAUUUGUAUUUUUCAUUUCAAUUUUUGCGGCCUCAAAGGUUAAAAAUUUGUGUUUAA